AAAAAAUACACAAAGAAAUGUGUCAGGUAUUAAAAAGUACUCAGAACCGUCUCCCCGUAAUGGCUCGUUAACGCAUCGAUAACCGUGAGUUGUUAAGUAACCUCAAAUUAUUGGAUUAGAGCUUAACGAAAAUCAAUACAAUCCGAAUUCAAUCGCACGAUAGUAGUCAAUGGACAAGAAUUUAUUCUGUAUUCAUUUGAUAAAACAUUUCAACUUAUGUUUAUAAGUAGCAGAAUGAGUUCAAUGAUAUCACUACAUCUGUUGAUUUGUAUUUUGGUAUUCUUGCCAUCGUGUUGCAGAGGUCAUAAGAGGUUCAUUAUCAAAGAUGGUUUGAAGAUUGACUCAAACAACUGGUACCGGAAUCUCGGAAUCAAUGAAUUAGAAUAUUAUAUAGACCGAUCUGUGAAAAGUACAAAUUUGUUUUUUGGCUUACAUCUUGCAGGUGUGGAAAAUGGAAGCCCGACCUAUGGACAAUUUAUAGAUUCUCAGCUUUCCGAAGACGGGUAUUCGGUAUAUUGGAGUGCUGAAAUUAUUUCUAGAGCUUCUCGGUUUAUAUCUGCUGAUAAAUGCCUUUUGCAUGAAGGUGAACAUAGUAAAAAAUGUUCCACAGACUUAUCGAAAGUGAGACUAGACAAGACGUCUUUGGGUGAGAAGUGUUUGUCUAUGUAUUACAACAAAACUGCGUGCAUCGGGAUGAACCUAAAGUAUCGUAGUCCUGACGGUUCUUGUAACAACUUGAAACGUUCUUAUUCGGGGAAGGCAACCACUGCAUAUAAUCGUUUGCUGUUAAAUGGCUAUUAUGAUAAUUUUCACACUAUUUUGGAUGGUAGUGGAAGGAGUUCUCUUCCCAAUGCUAGAAAGCUUAGCAUUGCGCUUGUCAACGACGAGAACUCACCAGAUGACUUAAAGACUAUGGCAAUAGCGUACUGGACGAUCUUUGUAGGUCAUGAUCUAUCUCACACAGCAAUUUCUAGCCAUAAAAAAAAUAAUAAACCGGUGAUUUGUUGUAAUCACAACUAUGAAUUAUCUCCUCGAGACAGAAACGAAUUGUGCAUGCAAAUAGUUAUAGACGAUCGAAGUAAAGAUCGCGAUCCAUUUUUUGACUUUCGGUGCAUGAACUACGUGCGCUCGGUUCCAGCGGUGAGUUCCGACUGUACUUUUGGACCCAGGGAACAAAUGAAUCAAGCUACUCAUUAUUUAGAUGGGUCGAUGGUAUACGGUUCGUCGGCGAAACGGACGUGGUCAUUGAGAACCAAGUCGGACGGCCAACUGUUUACGGACAUGGGGUGCGAUAACAAAGGCCAGGGCGACACGCUACAGCCACGGUAUAUGCCGCUGGAAGACACGGAAUCGAAUGCGUGCCAGUAUGGCAGCGGCACUUGCUAUAGGGCUGGAGAUCCUCGGGCAAACACGCUUCCCCAACUGACGGUAAUGCACACGUUGUGGAUGAGGGAACACAACCGGUUGGCAAAAUUGUUGUCCCACGUCAACCCGCACUGGAGUGACGAACGCAUUUUUCAAGAAGCCAGGAAAAUUGUAACGGCGUCCAUACAGCACAUCACUUACGCCGAAUGGCUGCCGGCGCUGCUCGGUGAAAACUUCACCAGGCAGUACGGGCUCGAACUGUUGACUAAAGGUUACAGUAACGCGUACAACGAAACCUCUGACCCGAGCGUCAGCAACAGUUUCGCUACUGCAAUAUUACCGUUCGCUAAUUCUAUGAUUACAGAAUCGAUUAAUUUAUACACUGAAGAUCGAGUGAUGAACGGUAGUCUUUCCCUAAAGGAACAUUUCAACCGACCGAUUGAAUUACUAACGAAUUACAUGGAUCAACUUGUCAGAGGGUUAUCUACGCAGAAUACACAAAAAGUCGAUAUGCUGUUUACUAAAACGAUAACAAAUUACUUAUACACUGUGCAUCCAGAUAAUAUAUUUGGAAUGGACGUUUUCAGCUUGGAUGUACAACGAAAUCGCGAUCACGGUAUUCGAUUUUAUACGAAAUACAGAGAAUAUUGUGGACUAAAACCUAUAAAAAAUGAGCAAGAUUUGUCCCAGAUCAUGAUGGAAGGUUCAACUGAUAAAUUGUUGGCCCAAUACAAACAUUGGGAGAAUAUAGAGCUAUUGGUAGGUGCAUUGCUUGAGAAACACGAAGACGUCGCUAUGGUUGGCCCGACGAUGAGGUGUAUUAUCAAGGAACAGUUUAUAAGGACUAGAAUCGCAGACAGAUAUUUUUACGAUUUACCAAAUGUAUUCAACAAAUAUCAACUGACAGAAAUCAGAAAAGUGACGCUUGCCAGAGUAUUUUGUGAUAACAGCAAUAAUAUCACAUCAAUGCAGAAACAAGUAUUUUUGAAACCAACUGCGGCUGAUUUGCAACUUUGUAGUUCCAAAUUGAUUCCAAAAAUCAACAUCAAUCACUGGUCAGAAAUGGUCGAUACAUUUUGAAAAUAAUAUCAUACCAAACAUCGAUGCAUUCAUUUAUAAUGUAUUAAUAUUGAAACA